AUGUAUACAAAGCAGCACCUACAGAGUAGCACCCGUUUAAGCGGGCAGCCCCAUACAUCAACUGAAACAGAAGAUAAAGCUGAAUCUGCAGUUUUAGUCUCUUCCAAAUCAUUGGACUUUGUUUUCAAAAAUGUGAGAUUUAAUUACUCAAUUUCUCGACAUUUAAAUGAAAAUUCAAUGCUAUCAAAACCAAAAUCUGCUGAGUUCCUUUUUGAUGAUUAUGAAUCUUCUCCCAGUCCUUCAAUAGUGUUUUUUCCACAACCAGGACCAAAGCAACUGGAAUUGAUAUAUUUACAGAAAACACUAGAUGAAGUGGUGUAUACGGAACGAAGCUAUCUUGAGAAACUAUACUAUUUGAAAAAGAUGUACCUUGACAGUGUGUCAUCGAAUAUCAAAAUAGAGCUUCCCACUCCCAUUGUAAUAAUAAGACUCUGUUUAGAGCAAAUUAUCAAUAUUCACGAGACUAUACUUUAUGAUCUUGAUGAUAUCAUGUCAAACAAAAUCACAAAUAUCAAAAAGCAGGUAGAUAAAGUUUCAGUCUUGCUUGCGCAAAUUGGAUUACAUAAUUUUUGGUACUCGUGGUUCUGCAUUCAACACGAAACAGUUGGAAAAACCUUUAAUGAGGCAAAAAAUAUGUCAAACAAGACUAAUUUUAAAAACAUAAAUCGUUCAACGCAAAGUAUGGUUCAAGGAGUACGAAAUUUGAUUGAAGCUGGACAAGUCGGUGUUCAAAACAAGGACCUUUCCUUUAGUUCUCUUUGUCGGCAGCCAAUUUCGAGAAUUCUCAAGUACCCAUUGUUUCUCAAGGACCUCUCAAAGAAAUAUUCCAUUCUAGGUUUUGAUAAUACUAUUCUUGAGAAAAACCUAUCAAUCAUACAUCGGAGUCUUGAUCAAAUAAAUGAUGCCAAAAAAAAUUUUGAUGAAUCAAUUCAAAAUUUGAAGACCAGCCUUGACCAGCUCAUUGAUUUUGAACACUGUUGGGGGGAUAGUGUUAUUGACAACAAUAGCAACAGCAACAACAACGACAAACACAAAGAGAGCAAAAAUGAUAAUCCCUAUAGUUGUUCAGAGUAUAAUGAUGUCGAGUUAAACAUUGACUUUUUUGGCGACCCGGUCUUAAUUGGAUUUUCAGCAGUAAUCACAGUUCACAAUGGCAAGCCCAAAGUGCAUCAUUGCCCAUUAAUCCUCUUUAAAAGUCAUUUACUAAUUCUCAAGUACCGAAAUAUUAUCAAGCGAAACUUCGAGAAACAACUAGGUGAAAAGAAUGGAAAGAAAUUCAAGGUUGAUUUCAUAAUUCCUUUGGCAAACACUACAGUGUAUUGCGAGUCCAAAAAUUUUAACCAGGGAUUGCACUUGAUUAGUGAAAAUACAAUCAAAUUGGUGUUCCGAGUCCAUUAUGUCCAGUUUGAAGUUGUGCUCUGUUAUCCAAGUCAUUUAGAGUUUAGAAUAUGGAGAACCCAUUUUCGGGUGAUGGUAAAUGAGGUUAACUGCGGAUCCUGUGAGUUUGCAGAUGAUGCAAAUAUUAUGGUAAGGUUACAUGCGGUUCCACGAGAAGUGGAUACAUAUUGCCAAAGAAAUUUAGAGACCUCUAAAGUUUUUCACUACAAACACAUUAAAGUCUCUUUGCAUGCAGAAUGGUGUCUACACGAUAGGGGAGCUGGUGAAACUCAAAUCCUGCGCUGUAGUGAGCUAGAUAAGGUGCAUUACAAAUUGGUUUUGAAAGCACUCGAUGUUUUCAUAAAUGAGAGGUUAUUUGCACACUUGGUUUCUGCUGAAACGCACAUUUAUUUCAACAAGUUUCAUUAG